AUGUGUCCGCCCGUGAAACAGGGAGAUGGAGCCUGUAGCGCUAUCGCAUGGAGAUUUCCUGAUUGUACCAUAGUCAAGGCUGCCUCGAAGUUUCUUGUCACCUCUACAGUGAAUGAGGCCGAGUAUGAGGGUACGCUGCUGAGUUUCGACCUGUUAGAGCCUCUAGAACGACGGCGACUGAUUAUCUGUGGAGAUUCCAGCUUAGGGGUACGACAAAUGCGGGGAGAGAUCGAGUGUAAGGCUGCAGGAUUGUCUCCAUUACAAGCAAGAGCUUUAAAUAAGCUGCUGGCAUGGCCCACCCAAGGAAUCGUGCAUGUAAAACGUGAUUGUAAUCAGAGUGCCGACCACUUGGCCAGCACAGCUCUGCGUCAGAAGGAAGGUAUAAAGUCGAUACCGGAAGGGGAAUGGCCGAAUCUGGAAGGAAUUAAUCGAUUGUCAGAGUUACUAGUUCCCACGGACCAAAGAUCGGCCAAGGUGCUUGCGAUUACUCGAUCUCAACCUCCCAUCAAGAUGUCAGGGGAAAUCCGGCAAGAGGGCGUAAUACAAAGACUCCGGACGGAUCAAAUCAGGGAGGUCCAGGGGCAAGAGGACUGGGUGCGAGAUCUGAAGGCCUACUUGAAGGGAGAUUGGGUCGACCUACCCACGGAGACCGCCCACUCGUGCAAGGGUCGAGGGAGACGACCGAGAGGUAACGGCCAGACUAGUGAUACCCGAAAGUCUCCAAGCCGACGUCCUGCACCACUACCACACCAGUCUGGAAGGAGGUCACCAAGGGGUUGGGCGUACCUAUCACCGAAUCCGACGGUACUGCCAUUGGAGAGGUUUAUUCCGAAGCGUACAGAGAGAAAUUACCGAGUUACUAAUUUGGAUCGAACUGUCACGGGGUACGUGAUGGCCAAGGCUAGUGCGUCGCGAACGGCCCAGACGGUAGAUGAAGGUCGCAUGGUGGGCCAGCGUCAACAGGCGACCAUGGCCUAUCGACCUCAGGCGAAUGAGACCGCGGAAAUAAUGGUUCAGAACCUGACUAGGUCCAUCAAGAUGUAUGUCUCUGAUGUCGGACAGCAGGAUUGGGACGAGUAUGCAGAACGACUAAUGUUUGCGAUGAACACCGCGCAAGACCGAGUCCGGAAGGAGACGCCGUUCUAUUUGGACCAUGGUUGGGAUGCUAGGACCACAUUCGAGGCUACCUUAACUGUGGUAAAUACGCGACGUAGGGGAUCUGGGCCACGCAGAUGGAGAUAUCACAUUCAGCAGCACUAUCAGCGGGCAAGAGCCCAGGUGAAUGAGAACCUACGAGCGGCCAGUCAAGCUCGGAUCCUAGCCCAUAAUGAAGGGGUGGUCGACCACAAGAUUCAGCCGGGAACUCAAGUGUGGCUCUAUCUGGACCGGGUGAAAGAGAGGUACGCCAAGAAAUGUCCCACCUCUGGCAUGGACCAUUUCGAGUUCUAG